AUGGACACCUGGUUGAAUCAAUCAUACACAGAUGACUUUGUCCUCUUGGGCAUCUUUUCAUACUGUGCAACUGAUCUUGUUCUUUUCUCUAUGGUCAUGAUGGUCUUCACAGUGGCCCUCUGUGGGAAUGUCCUACUCAUCUCCCUCAUCUACAUAAAUCCUCGACUUCAUACACCCAUGUACUUCUUCCUUAGUCAGCUUUCCCUCAUGGACCUCAUGUUGGUAUGUAACAUUGUACCAAAGAUGGCAGUCAACUUCCUGUCUGGCAGAAAGUCCAUCUCCUUUGUGGGUUGUGGUAUACAAAUCGGCCUUUUUGUCUCUCUCGUGGGCUCUGAGGGGCUCUUACUGGGACUCAUGGCUUACGACCGCUAUGUGGCCAUUAGCCACCCACUUCACUAUCCCAUCCUCAUGAGCCAUAGGGUCUGUCUUCAGAUUGCUGGAGGAUCUUGGGCCUUUGGCAUACUAGAUGGAAUGAUCCAGAUGGUGGCAGCCAUGACCUUCCCCUACUGUGGCUCCAGGAAUGUGGACCACUUCUUCUGUGAGGUGCCAGCUUUAUUGAAGCUGGCCUGUGCAGACACAUCCCUUUUUGAGAACCUGCUAUUUUCUUGCUGUGUCUUCAUGCUCCUCGUUCCCUUCUCCAUCAUCAUGGCCUCCUAUGCUCAUAUUCUGGCUGCUGUGCUCCGUAUGAACUCUGCUGAGUCCCGUAAAAGGGCUCUGGCCACCUGUUCCUCCCACCUGACAGCAGUAUCCCUCUUCUAUGGGGCAGCCAUGUUCAUCUACUUGAGGAUUAAGCACUACGGGACCCCUAGCCAUGACAAAGUGGUCUCUAUCUUCUACACAGUUCUUACUCCUAUGCUCAACCCCCUUAUUUAUAGCUUGAGGAAUGGGGAAGCCAUGGGGGCACUGAGGAAGGGGUUAGACCGUUGUAGGAUUGUCAGCCAGCAUUGAUAUUUCAGGAUACUUGGUGCAUGACUCUGCCAUUUCUUGGCUGUAUAACCUUGGUACAUCAUUUACUCUUUGUGUCUGUUUCUUCAUAAUAAAUGAGAAUCAUGGCAUUUGUUCUACCUCACAGGGAUGUUGUGGAGACUGCUGCAUGUAAAUUAAAGCCCCAUACAGAAGCAAUAUAUGCUAUUAUUGUUAGUAUUGAUUGUUUAUAAAGUUCUUAAAGUAAAUUCUCUCUUUUUAAUUCUUCUUUGUAAUAGUUGUCUUUUACUGAGGACUUACUAAGUGCUAUACACCGUCUUAUCUAUCUUAUUAUCUAAUUCAUGAUUCAAGGUAAUAAAUGUGAAUAUAUUCAAUGGAAAUGUUCUAGUUUUAGAAAUUGAGUCUCUAGAAUUUUUCUUGGAUUUUUCCUAGCCUUCUCCUUUGUUCCAUUAGAAGUUUUAUAAUGCCUCCUUUAAGAAACAAAAAUAUAUCUC